GGAACUCGUGAGUGCACGAAAGUAGUUCGUUGAGGUAUGGAUUGUGGUGCCUUCCUCUUCUCGUCAGCACUAGUGCCUACAACAUAGUGAGGUGUUGAAGAUCAUGGCCGAACCUGCUGAAAAACGAUUUGAAAGCGGUAGUGAUCAGGAUAUGUCAGAAGUUAUUCAAAGCAGGAUCUCCGCCCAAACGAAAGAAGCCAUGUAAGACUGGCUGAGAGUGUUUUCACUGAGUUCCAUUUUGCAACAGGCGAAAGUCGAUCCUUUGGAUUAUUGCAACGAAGAUGAAUUGCACCAACAUCUUCGUGAAGCUUAUGCUGGCACGGAGCGUCAAAAUGCGCUGGUCUAUUCUGAAGCGGAGAUCUUUUGAUGACCGUCGUGUGUGCGUGCAGCAAUGGAGCAUUACAAACUGCUUUCCGUUUUGCUGAUCAUCCAGGUUCUGCUGCUUGCUGUUGAUGGUGCAAGCAUUAACAACGAAAUGAUUGAUGACUGCCCUACUCUUCCAUCCAUUCAAAAUGGCAAGAAAACACUUUCAGCCGAUCAGUACCAAAGGAAGGUGAUAUACACAUACAGAUGUAACAAAGGCUAUAUUCUGCAAGGAAAUAAUAAGUUGGAGUGUCUGGAAAAUGGCAACUGGUCAAAGGAGCCACCAACAUGUGAAGCGAAAUGUGGUGCAUCACUACCAGCCGAUUUUCUGCAGCAGUCGCAAGCACUGUCAAACAACUCCAACACCACCUUUCAAUGUGGACGAUCAGCUGCCGAUAUCAUUGUUGUGUUUGAUGUGUCGGAAAGCAUGGUAGACUCACGCAUAGAUCGGCUGCAAAUGAUCUCAGAAAGUCUUGAAACAUCUCUUAGGGAGCGUGGGUUUGGCCUGUACCCUGGAAUAGACAAUCAUUAUACUCUUGUCAGCUUUGGUAACCGUGAUGGAGUACCACGUGUCAUUCGUAACAAUAACAAUUCACUGGUAUAUGACAUUGGUGGAUUUAAGGAGGCUAGCGAGCAGCUGUUGACAAGAAAGGAAGGAAACAAAGAAGAUGGUUACCAUGCUAUUGAGUUUGCUUUGGAGAACAUCACUGAUCAGUCCAAUAAGCAACUGCUAAGACUGAAUCGUUCAGAUAUAGCAAUAAUUGUUCUUUUGAUCUCGGAUGAGGACCGAGAUGUUAUGCCCGGGACAAAUAUUUCUCGGUCAGAUUUGAAGAGGAAAUUGAGGAGGAACGGAGUCCAUAUGGAAGUUAUAGUCGACAAUAGAAUUGGUCUUGAGGGUGCUUAUUAUGGUGUUGAUUCCAGUUACCGGCUUUACUCAUCAGAUCUGACUGUUACAAACGGAAAUAAAUCCUUAGCUAAUCUGAGAGCAGAUGUUUACAAGAGAACUUACAAAGACUAUACAUCAGUUGCAUUGGAACUUGGUGGAGCCAUGUGGGAUUGGAACUACAUCUUCAGAGAAGAGAAUGUGAACUCGUCACAUGUGGAUGCUUUUGUCAACUAUACAGUGUCGUCGGUGGAGCAUAAAGUUCACAAGUGUUGCUCAUGUAGCUGUGUUCAGGGUGCCACUCAUCGAGCUCUGCAUUGUGAUGUGGCCAAGAAAGAGAGCGAGUGUAAAGGUCUCCAGUGCCCUCUUCCUCCAUCCAUCCGAAAUGGCUUUAGAACUCUUUCAUCCACACAGUACCACAGGGAGGUGAUCUACACAUACAGAUGUAACAAAGGCUAUAUUCUGCAAGGAAAUAAUAAGUUGGAGUGUCUGGAAAAUGGCAACUGGUCAAAGGAGCCACCAACAUGUGAAGUGAAAUGUGGUGCAUCACUACCAGCCGAUUUUCUGCAGCAGUCGCAAGCACUGUCAAACAACUCCAACACCACCUUUCAAUGUGGACGAUCAGCUGCCGAUAUCAUUGUUGUGUUUGAUGUGUCCAAAAGCAUGUCAGAUUCACGCUUAGAUCGGCUGCAAAUGAUCUCAAAAAGUCUUGAAACAUCUCUUAGGGAGCGUGGGUUUGGCCUGUACCCUGGAAUAGACAAUCAUUAUACUCUUGUCAGCUUUGGUAACCGUGAUGGAGUACCACGUGUCAUUCGUAACAAUAACAAUUCACUGGUAUAUGACAUUGGUGGAUUUAAGGAGGCUAGCAAGAAGCUGUUGAAAAUACCUGGAGGUUCCAAUGAAUAUGGUUACCAUGCUAUUGAGUUUGCUUUGGAGCACAUCACUGAUCAGUCCAAUAAGCAACUGCUAAGACUGAAUCGUUCAGAUAUAGCAAUAAUUGUUCUAUUGAUCUCGGAUGAGGACCGAGAUGUUAUGCCCGGGACAGAUAUUUCUCGGUCAAAUUUGAAGAGGAAAUUGAGGAGGAACGGAGUCCAUAUGGAAGUUAUUGUCGACAAUAGAAUUGGUCUUGAGGGUGCUUAUGGUGUUGAUUCCAGUUACCGGCUUUACUCAUCAGAUCUGACUGUUACAAACGGAAAUAAAUCCUUAGCUAAUCUGAGAACAGAUGUUUACAAGAGAACUUACAAAGACUAUACAUCAGUUGCAUUGGAACUUGGUGGAGCCAUGUGGGAUUGGAACUACAUCUUCAGAGAAGAGAAAGUGAACUCGUCACAUGUGGAUGCUUUUGUCAACUAUACAGUGUCGUCGGUGGAGCAUAAAGUUCACAAGUGUUGCUCAUGUAGCUGUGUUCAGGGUGCCACUCAUCGAGCUCUGCAUUGUGAUGUGGCCAAGAAAGAGAGCGAGUGUAAAGUUCCCCAGUGCCCUCCUCUUCCAUCCAUCCAAAAUGGCGUUAGAACUCUUUCAUCCACAUCGUACCAAAGGGAGGUCAUAUACACAUACAGAUGUAACAAAGGCUAUAUUCUGCAAGGAAAUAAUAAGUUGGAGUGUCUGGAACAUGGCAACUGGUCAAAGGAGCCACCAACAUGUGAAGUGAAAUGUGGUGCAUCACUACCAGCCGAUUUUCUGCAGCAGUCGCAAGCACUGUCAAACAACUCCAACACCACCUUUCAAUGUGGACGAUCAGCUGCCGAUAUCAUUGUUGUGUUUGAUGUGUCCAAAAGCAUGUCAGAUUCACGCUUAGAUCGGCUGCAAAUGAUCUCAGAAAGUCUUGAAACAUCUCUUAGGGAGCGUGGGUUUGGCCUGUACCCUGGAAUAGACAAUCAUUAUACUCUUGUCAGCUUUGGUAACCGUGAUGGAGUACCACGUGUCAUUCGUAACAAUGACAAUUCACUGGUAUAUGACAUUGGUGGAUUUAAGGAGGCUAGCAACAAGCUGUUGAAAAUACCUGGAGGUUCCAAUGAAUAUGGUUACCAUGCUAUUGAGUUUGCUUUGGAGAACAUCACUGAUCAGUCCAAUAAGCAACUGCUAAGACUGAAUCGUUCAGAUAUAGCAAUAAUUGUUCUUUUGAUCUCGGAUGAGGACCGAGAUGUUAUGCCCGGGACAAAUAUUUCUCGGUCAGAUUUGAAGAGGAAAUUGAGGAGGAACGGAGUCCAUAUGGAAGUUAUUGUCGACAAUAGAAUUGGUCUUGAGGGUGCUUAUUAUGGUGUUGAUUCCAGUUACCGGCUUUACUCAUCAGAUCUGACUGUUACAAACGGAAAUAAAUCCUUAGCUAAUCUGAGAACAGAUGUUUACAAGAGAACUUACAAAGACUAUACAUCAGUUGCAUUGGAACUUGGUGGAGCCAUGUGGGAUUGGAACUACAUCUUCAGAGAAGAGAAAGUGAACUCGUCACAUGUGGAUGCUUUUGUCAACUAUACAGUGUCGUCGGUGGAGCAUAAAGUUCACAAGUGUUGCUCAUGUAGCUGUGUUCAGGGUGCCACUCAUCGAGCUCUGCAUUGUGAUGUGGCCAAGAAAGAGAGCGAGUGUAAAGUUCCCCAGUGCCCUCCUCUUCCAUCCAUCCAAAAUGGCGUUAGAACUCUUUCAUCCACAACGUACCACAGGGAGGUGAUAUACACAUACAGAUGUAACAAAGGCUAUAUUCUGCAAGGAAAUAAUAAGUUGGAGUGUCUGGAAAAUGGCAACUGGUCAAAGGAGCCACCAACAUGUGAAGUGAAAUGUGGUGCAUCACUACCAGCCGAUUUUCCGCCGCAGUUGCAAGCAAUGUCAAACAACUCCAACACCACCUUUCAAUGUGGACGAUCAGCUGCCGAUAUCAUUGUUGUGUUUGACGAGUCGAAAAGCAUGUCAGAAUCACGCAUAGAUCGGCUGCAAAUGAUCUCAGAAAGUCUUGAAACAUCUCUUAGAGAGCAUGGGUUUGGCCUGUACCCUGGAAUAGACAAUCAUUAUACUCUUGUCAGCUUUGGUAACAAGAUGAGAGUACCAAGUGUCAUUCGUAACGAUAAAAAUUCACUGGUAUAUGACAUUGGUGGAUUUAAGGAGGCUAGCAAGAAGCUGUUGAAAAAAACCGAUGCUCACGUAGAAGAUGGUUACAAUGCUAUUGAGUUUGCUUUGGAGAACAUCACUGAUCCCGGGUCCAAUGACCAACUGCUAAGACUGGAUCGUCCAGAUAUAGCAGUAAUUGUUCUAUUGAUCUCGGAUGAGGACCGAGAUGUUAUGCCCGGGACACAAAUUUCUCGGUCAGAUUUGAAGAGGAAAUUGAAGAGGAAAGGAGUCCUUUUGGAAGUUAUUGUCGACAAUAAAAUUGGUCUUGAGGGUGCUUAUUAUGGUGUUGAUUCCAGUUACCGGCUUUACUCAUCAGAUCUGACUGUUACAAACGGAAAUAAAUCCCUAGCUAAUCUGAGAGCAGGUGUUUACAGGAAUACUUACAAAGACUAUACAUCAGUUGCAUUGGAACUUGGUGGAGCCAUGUGGGAUUGGAACUACAUCUUCAGAAAAGAGAAAGUGAACUCGUCACAUGUGGAUGCUUUUGUCAACUAUACAGUGUCGUCGGUGGAGCAUAAAGUUCACAAGUGUUGCUCAUGUAGCUGUGUUCAGGGUGCCACUCAUCGAGCUCUGCAUUGUGAUGUAGCCAAGAAAGAGAGCGAGUGUAAAAGCAAGAUUUGAUCAAUUGUUCGGCUGAACAUUCACUCUAUCUAAGCACAUAACAAAAAAAAUAGCAUUCUCACUCUCAAGGUAUAUGCCCAAGAUCAAGUUACCAAAUAGAGCAGACAAGAGCAGGCAAGCAGCUAUUUACUCGUGUUUUUUGCAGUUAACUCAAUGCUAGAUAGCAUCUGCCGUUUGGGGCUUUGCAAAACUCACUUCCCGCCUCUAUUCCAUUUUUGCUUUCUUCCUUCUCCUUGUUGUCAAGUGUUGUGCUGCACCCAUCAAUAAAACUUGCGCAACUGCA